AUGACCGAGGCAUCUGAAAAUAGUCCCCACCUGGUGCGCGUACGAGCGCAGGUGAUGUGUCGGGACGAGGGCACUGGCGGCUGGGUGGCGUUGGGCGGUGGUGGACUUGCCGAGGUCAUGGUCAGUCGUCGUGGAGGUGGGGAGAAAAGUACCGACAUAGCAUCUGCGUGCGUACCGAAUGCACCUAAACCAGAGUAUUACAUACACGGCAGGCGUAUCAGCGACAACGUGCUCGUUCUAGACUGCACACUCAAAGAUGAUUUCGAAUAUCACAAAGUGAUGCCCACAUUCCAUCACUGGGUGUCUGAUGAGAAACGUUUCGGUCUAACGUUUCAAACUGCUGCCGACGCGAGGGCGUUCGAUAAGGGAGUGCGGAAGGCCGUCAGCGAGCUGUACCGACUGGGUGGUGCUUGGCCUUCAAUGUAUGGCUACAAAGGCAAGAAAACCACAAUGAAGCCGAACGAGGAUGAUGAAGAGAACCAUAUUUUUGAAUGCCUCAACCUGCCGUCAGAGUCCAGGUCCAGCUCGGAGAAGUCCACAGCAUCCCGCGCCCGCCGAGAGGACUUGGUGCAGACGCCCAUACUCUCCGCUAUCACACUGCCUCACCAUCAUCCUCUCACUGAACCACUGAACAUUCCAUACGAAGAUAGGCCAGAGGAUUCAGAGCAAGAACGUUGUCCGUACGUCCAUCUGUCUGCUGUGCAUGAAUACACAUACCCCCAAGUGGGGGCCGGCGCCAUUAGCUCAGAAAGAUCUUCGCCCAACACCAGGCCGCCGUUACAAAGACGAGACUCUGGAUCGUUAAAAAAAUGCACAUACAGCGGACCACCGCCGCUUCCAGACAAGAAACCAGCUGAGGCUUUCCAAGCGAGGAUAAAGUGCAGACAUUGUCACGAGUGGUAUUUAGAGAGCGCCAACCGCGCGGGCGCGUGCGAGUACGCGCCGGACUGCUUCAAGUCCUGCAUAGAUUGUGUCAGCUGUAUCAAAUGUGCACAGUGUAUGCUAUACCACUGUAUGUCGGAUUCGGAGGGAGAUUUCGCAAUGCAUCCAUGCACCUGCGGACCGCCCAACGAGCAUUGUGCGAAAAGAUGGCUGGGCGUCACUCUACUUAGUUUCCUGGUCCCUUGUAUGUGGUGUUACAUCCCAUUGAAGUGUGCACAUCGAGUGGCCAGAUCCGCUCACAUUGCUGGUGGUGUACACUCACCCAUACAUAAA